UAGGUAAAGCGGAAAAAGGCAACUGUAGAAGUAGAUUGAAUGAUUCCAUCAACAAGACAAAGCUUCCGUCUACCAGAAAAAUUUAUUCUGAUUAUCUGCUUUCAUCAAACCCUAGUUUUGUUGUUUAAUUCCGAUAAGAUAAGGUCAAUUAGCGCCCUUAAGCUCGGAUAGAUUGCCACUGCACAAUUUUCAGUGUUGUACGAAGGGAUCUGAAGUUUUUUACUAGCCCGUUGUCCCAUGUUUUCAGAGUGUCGUCGAGGGUUGGCAGACUUGAAUGGCUUUUCCCCUACUGGGACAUCAUCGUAAAAGUUUAAGUAGUGAAACUGAUUUGCUGAUGGAGGGAGCUGACAGUCGCAGUGAUACUGAACACGUUAUUGACAUAACAGGCAGUGGUACUGCUUCUUCAUCUAAUUCAUCUCAUGAAAGGCCGUCAACUGGUUUGGAGCAGCAAAGGAGUGAAGACCUACCAUCUACUAGUUCAAGGGUUCCCCUUUAUCAGCCUCAACCUUUUACUACCGGUGGGACAAACUCAAGGAAUUCAUCACUAAGUCGAAGAGGAAGUACUCGCAGCCGACAAAGAAGUCCAUUAAAUUCUGGUUUAUGGAUAUCUGUUGAGCUUUUAUUGACAGUGAGCCAAAUCAUAGCAGCUAUUGUUGUCUGGUCUUUGUCAAGAAGUGAGAAACCACGUGCACCUUUGAGAGCAUGGGUUGUUGGAUAUGCAUCUGGCUGUUUGGCAAUACUUCCCCUUCUAUAUUGGCGUUUUAAACAUCGUAACCAAAUUCCUGAGCAGGACUCAUCGCAGAAUGGACAAGAUACUUCCCUGAGCAAUAACUCUGUUGGUCCUUUCACGAGAAGAUCAAUAAACAGAGAAGAUAGCUGGACAACUGGUACAGCAACUAGAAGCAGUCAAAGUAAUGGGCUGCCGAAUUCAAGGCUUAAGGUGUUUGUCGAAUAUUUUAAGAUGGCUUUGGACUGCUUCUUCGCUGUGUGGUUUGUAGUUGGAAAUGUAUGGAUCUUCGGUGGCCACUCUUCGUCCUCCGAAGCUCCCAAUUUGUACAGGUUGUGCAUAGUGUUUCUGACCUUCAGCUGUAUCGGAUAUGCUAUGCCUUUUAUUCUGUGUGCUACAAUCUGCUGUUGCCUCCCUUGUAUAAUAUCAGUACUGGGCAUCAGAGAAGAUUUUUCUCAGAAUCGAGGAGCUACUCAAGAUUCGAUUAACUCUCUACCAACGUAUAAAUUUAAAAUGAAGAAAAGCAAGAGCAAGGAACAUAGCAGUAAUGCACCCGAGGGUGGGAUAGUGGCUGCUGGUACAGAGAAAGAGCGUGCAAUAUCAGGAGAGGACGCAGUUUGCUGCAUUUGCUUAGCGAAAUAUGUCAACAACGAUGAACUCAAGGAGCUGCCUUGCUCUCAUUUCUUCCACAAGGACUGUGUGGAUAAAUGGCUGAAAAUCAAUGCCACGUGCCCUCUCUGCAAAGCCGAUGUUGGUGAUACCAUUUUCAGCUCACUCACUGAAGCAACGGCCAACCUACGCAACAGUACAAUGUUGUAUCGCUGAGGAAAAAGAAACACGUUCCAGAUUGUUCUUUCGUCAGUUGUGCAUAGUCGACCAUGUGAGGCCGGAACUCACACUCCUAUUGGGUGGUUCUCGGGCUGAAAUUGCAAUAAUAAUUCAUGGUACGGGGCUCAAAUUGCAAUCCCAUUUGGUGGAUUGGGGUGUUGGAUUAGAUUCGACUGUUGUAGCUUGAUCUAUGAGUGUUCUAUGCCUAUGACUGAUGUGAAUUUUCAAGAAUAUUGUUAUGUACCCAGGAUGAGAAAAAUGGAUUGAUGUACUUUUAAUGUAAUAUAAUGAUUCAUGUGUCGCAUACUAAAUUGUAUGAAACCUACUUGAGUGAA